GAACCAAACUCAUCGUCGUUUAUGACCUCGGCCAUGGCUAUAGCGACUGCAGACUCCUCUCUCCUCCACUCAAAACCACCAUCACCACCAACUCUCCUUUCUCAUCCCCCACAAUCAGCACAACAACUUCACCUUCCCAAAACAACAUCCUCCAAUUGGACCCCAUUAGUACUCACCACGAGUCAUUCAACCUUGGAAAAGACCAUGCCCACGACAAGUCGUUCCACCAAUUGCCUAGACCUCUCUUUCCUUUCUUAUUUGACAACAUCUGCUAUUGAUAAUCUAGCCAUGGUGAGUCCUUCACUUGCAUAUGCGAACAUUUACUUCAAAUCUGGAUUUAACGUGCAAAUCAACGUGAAAGAGAACGAGCCUGAGGAGAGUAUACUAUUUCGGUUCAAGAAAGCUGUUAUAAGGGCACGUGUUUUGCAGGAGUGUAGGAGGAGGAGGUUUUUUGAGAGCACACAAGAUAAGAAGAAGAGAAAAACUAGAGGUGCUGCUAGAAGAAACAGUCAGAGACGCCCACAGCCAAGAACACCAGUUAAACAGGAAGCACCCAAGAAGAAAAAGGAUGACGAUGACGAUGACAACUGGGAACUCCCAGAAGGAGAGAUUCCCUAUCGCUGAUUGAGGCAACGAGGUCCAUAAGAGGAAGCCAGAUAGCAGCUGAAACGAGAAGGAAAGAACAAAAGAUGAAUGUUGUUUUCAAGAAUCUCCCAACCGAUGAAUCCAUAGCUCAAGUGACUGACAGCCUCCCUCUUGCCUAAAUGAAAUGGAAUGAAUCAAAUCAGUAAGCUUUUUAAUUGAUUCAGGGUGAAGCGAAGCCAAAUUCAACCAGGGUAAGGGCAAGCUGAGAAUCAGCUUCAACCCGGACUUAAAGUUCCAAGCGAUGCUUUUGACAACCAGAUUGUGAAUAUAAAAAAUGUUAAACUAGGUUAGCAGAACAGGAAACGUGAAUAGAGUUGUUGGAUUUAUAACCACAAUUUGGAGACGACACUUUUUUGUUACAGGAAAGUUUUAGAAUCGGAUUAGUAGUUAUUGGUUUUGCAAGGUGGAGUAUGGAGAUGUAGCCAUCAAUGUAUUUACAGGUCCAAACAAUUUAAUGCCUAUUUAU